AAACCAACAACCAGCAAACUUCGAAUCCAAUUUUGACUCGACAACACUGUACUAACUACUAAAUCACGAACUUAAACUUAUCUUCUCCGUGUCUUUGUUUGUAUUCGUUUCCAGAGGAAGUUUUGGACUAUACUUCCAUUUGACGAACUAAAAUCCUUUUCUGCGUUCGAUAUCUAUUCCUAAUCGGCUAAUCGUGAAAAGAAAUCGAGAAAAAAGAAAAACAAGUAUUCAGUCGGUGCCCUCUUCUCUUUCCGUGAUGCAACGGUACGGAAGGCAAAUUUUGGAGUGGCAAUUUGGAUUUAGGAGAUUGAACUUCUCUUCGGUUGGUGUUCUGGCGUCGAAACCCGUUACUGAAAGUAAUUCUGCUUUACCUUCUGAGAGUAGUAGUGGUCAGUCUAUAGCUAAGGACAGCUUGGACAGUUCGCAGUCCAAGACCGAUGCAAAUUCGUCCGGAGAAGAUCAACAGAAAGCUAGUCCAGCUUCUGAUAUGUUAGUUGAUUCGUUUGGGAGACUGCACACUUAUUUGAGGAUCUCCUUGACAGAGCGCUGUAAUCUCCGAUGUCAGUAUUGUAUGCCAGAUGCUGGUGUUGACCUAACUCCAAGCCCUCAACUUCUGUCACAGAACGAAAUUAUUCGCGUGGCAAAUCUAUUUGUAAGUUCAGGGGUAGACAAAAUCAGGCUCACUGGUGGAGAGCCAACGGUUAGGAAAGAUAUUGAAGAGAUAUGCUUACAGUUAUCUAACUUGGAAGGGCUGAAAACAUUGGCAAUUACUACUAAUGGGAUUACUCUAGCUAGAAAACUUCCGAAGUUGAAAGAGUGUGGGCUGACUGCCGUGAAUAUAAGCUUGGACACACUAGUCCCAGCAAAAUUCGAGUUCAUGACAAGGCGUAAGGGAUUUUUGAAAGUUUUGGAGUCAAUUAAUACAGCAGCAGAUCUUGGAUACAAUCCUGUUAAGGUGAAUUGUGUCAUAAUGCGGGGAUUCAAUGACGACGAGAUCUGUGAUUUUGUUGAGUUAACACGGGAUAAGCCAAUUAAUGUUAGGUUUAUUGAGUUCAUGCCAUUUGAUGGAAAUGUCUGGAAUGUCAAGAAACUUGUACCUUAUGCAGAAAUGUUGGAUAAAGUGGUGCAACAGUUUAAAAGCUUAAAGAGGCUUCAAGAUCACCCAACAGAUACAGCUAAGAAUUUCAGGGUAGAUGGAUACUGUGGUUCUGUAUCUUUCAUCACAUCAAUGACCGAGCACUUUUGUGCAGGUUGUAAUAGACUGCGUCUUUUAGCUGAUGGGAACUUCAAAGUAUGCCUUUUUGGUCCUUCAGAGGUUAGCUUAAGAGAUCCACUCCGGAGUGGCAUCGAUGAUGAGGGGUUGAAGGAAAUAAUUGGAGCAGCGGUCAAGAGGAAGAAAGCUUCUCACUCGGGAAUGUUUGACAUUGCAAAGACAGCUAAUAGACCCAUGAUACAUAUCGGUGGUUAACUCUUGGUAUACGGGAGAUUAAGCUAGCAGGCAGAGGGAGGUUCGAUAAGGACUCGUUUGUUGUUCGCUGUUAGUCUCUAAAGCAAGAAUAAGGAACACCAACACCCAGAAAGCAACGGCAAUGUAUACUACUUUCAUCUUCCUUGUUGUAUACAAAUGAAAAAGGUAUCCGUUCCGAGACUCUUGUAAAACAUGGUAAUAAAAUACGUUAUAUCUUCAAGUUUAUAGAAUCAUUCUGUGUUGUACCCCUAAUAAGAUUGUUUGUUUGUUUUUCAUGUAUCCUUGCUAAGAUUGUGAUCAUUGCUUUCUUCCCGUCUAAAACAAUAAGAUGAAAAAUAUAAUUCUUUAUCUAUCUAUAUCAUAAAUGAAGUUCGAA